AACUCGUCCGAAUUUUCUAUUUCUCUCCACUUGUCUCUCUUCACACUCCACUCUUCCACCAUUUUUCACCUUCAAUCUCAAGCUUUGAAAUCUCACUUUUUUCACAAAUGUCGUCGUCACCGGAGCUCCGGUCACCGGCGAAAACUGGCGGUGAUACAAGGAAAAUACUUGGACCGGGAGGGAACCGGGUCAAAGAUUCGGAAGAGCAGAAGAAGAAGAAGAAGGAAGGGAUGAAGAAGCCUGAGUUCAGGAGUAAGAAAGCAGCAGCUUCACUUACGCCGAAAACAAUUUUACCUGUGAGGAGCAAUGGGUCAGUUGAUAGCUCCUCCUCGUCGGAUUCGUCAAUUGCGAAAGAUGUGAUUUUUUCAAAGAGAGGAGUUGAAAGGAAUACUGGUGUGAAGAAACCUGCUAAAGUUGUUCCUCAUGGAGUUGAAGUUGAAGCAGCUGAAACUUUUUCUCCGGUGAUUCCAAUUCCGCUCAAACGUUGUGAUUGGAUAACACCGAAUUCGGAACCCCUGUAUAUUUCAUUCCAUGAUGAAGAAUGGGGAAACCCAGUUAACGAUGACACAAAGCUAUAUGAACUACUUGCCUUAUCACAAGUAUUGGCAGAACUGACUUGGCCUGCAAUCCUUAAUAAGAGACACAUAUUCAGGAAGUUGUUUGACAAUUUUGAUCCAUCAAGUCUUGCAAAUGUUAAUGAGAAAAGAUUGCGCUCGUUGAGAGAAAAUGGAAAUUCAUUGCUAUCUGAACCAAAGAUUCGUGCAAUAGUAGAAAAUGCAAAGCAUUUCCAGAAGAUACAGCAGGAGUUUGGAUCCUUUAGCAACUACUUCUGGCGUUUUGUAAAUCACAAGCCAAUAAAAAGUGGAUUUCGCUAUGCACGUCAAGUACCAGCAAAAACACCAAAAUCAGAACUUAUGAGCAAGGACCUGAUGAAAAGGGGCUUCGUUUGCGUAGGACCAACAGUUGUGUAUUCAUUCAUGCAAGUGGCAGGAAUAUUUAAUGACCAUCUCAUUACAUGCUUCAGAUACAACGAAUGUAACAACGAUAAUAUCAACAAGCAUUCACAAACAAAGUUAGUAAAGACAGAUACACAAGGCCGGGACCCUGUUGAGAACAACACACAUAUGAGCAAUGACCAUUUGAGUUUGACAUAGCAGAUAUCCUCUGUGAAUUUGUAUCAAUAGUCUUGACGUACUUUUAACUAACAGGAUUCUAAUUUACAAGAGUGUUGCUGUGAUUGGUAGUCUUUUCAGCUUUGCCAUGUGUGUAUUUA